UUUCAUAGAAAUUAUUAUUGUAAUAUCAUGAUUAAGUUAGGUUUGUAGCAAUUUAACAAGUAACUGAGUUUCGUACAAAAGUUGGAUUAAGUGAAGAAUUAUGCCUUUGGAGGAAAAUAUUUCAAGCUCAAAAAGAAAACCUGGUAGCCGGGGUGGUGUUUCUUUCUUCAGUUAUUUUACCCAAGAAUUGACUCAUGGAUAUUUCAUGGACCAGAACGAUGCGAGGUAUACUGAACGACGAGAGAGAGUUUAUACAUUUCUCAAACAACCAAGAGAAAUUGAAAAGAUGAUGAUAUAUGGAUUGUUUUUAUGUCUCGACGUUUUCUUGUACGUUUUUACCUUUCUUCCUCUGCGAGUGCUCUUCGCUUUGCUUAAGUUGCUGUCAGCUCCCUUCUGUUGGUUCCAAAGGCGUUCUUUGCUUGAUCCAGCACAGAGCUGUGACUUAUUAAAAGGUGUUAUAUUUACAUCAUGUGUUUUCUGUAUGUCUUACAUUGACACUUCAAUCAUCUAUCACUUGGUACGAGCACAGACGCUCAUAAAGUUAUACAUCAUAUACAAUAUGCUAGAGGUUGCAGAUCGUUUGUUCUCGUCAUUUGGCCAAGACAUCUUAGAUGCAUUGUUUCUCACUGCCACUGAAUCUAACCGACAAAAAAGAGAAAGUUUUCGUGUUUUACUGCACUUGAUACUUGCUGUUAUUUAUGUCUUUAGCCAUGCUGUGUUGGUUUUGUUUGAAGCCACCACAUUAAACGUUGCGUUUAAUUCCCACAACAAAGUCCUUCUAACGAUCAUGAUGGCAAAUAACUUUGUUGAGAUUAAAGGAACAGUUUUCAAGAAAUACGACAAAAAUAAUUUAUUUCAGAUUUCCUGCUCUGACAUACGUGAGCGGUUCCAUUACUUUGCAUUGAUGCUCGUGGUUCUACUGCGUAACAUGCAACAGUAUUCAUGGAACUACGAACAUUUUACUGAAAUUAUUCCAAACAUGUUGAUGCUUCUGUCUUCAGAAUGUGUUGUUGAUUGGUUCAAGCAUGCCUUUGUACUCAAAUUCAACCAUAUUCCUAUUGAGUCCUAUAGCGAAUACAGAGCCACGCUUGCAUAUGAUGUUGCAAGCAGUCGGCACAAAGAUUCAAUUAAUGACCAUUCAGAUGUUGUGUCCCGAAGGUUGGGGUUCAUUCCUCUACCACUAGCAGUGCUGAUAUUUCAUGUCACACGAAUAUCCAUUGAUUUUCAUGGAGCUGCAGGCUUCCUUGUGAUACUGGUUGGUUACGUGAUUCUCACGCUGUUAAAAGUGUUCAACAGCAUCGUAAUAGUAGGCAAGGCCUGUUGUUAUAUUUCCGAUGACGAAGCGCAAGCAGCUAACGUGCGAGUAAAUGGAGCACGCAUUGCUGUGGUCGAUCCAUUCGAACAGCGGGGCAACAAAACCAUCCUCGUGUCCCAGGCGCGUGCCCAGCCCCCCGAACCCACCGUAAAACCGCCGGCGAGUGGAGAUCCUGGUCUGGAUUCAAAGAAAUUGCUUCUGUCGCCCGAAAAGAAUCGCAAGUUGCCAAAAGAAGUUACGACGCCGGCGAGAUUACGUUCCAUGCGUGCCCCUUCUGUUGACCACACUGUUGCGGCUGGUACCAAUCUCCCAAGCCGUAAUGACGAUGACGUAGGUGACGUUGACGUUCUACGUCACCAGGCACCCGAUAGCGUUAGGUCACGCAAGCGCCAUACAGCCACCAUUGUAAAAGCCACUGCUAUCGAUGAAGAAAUUCACUGAUGGCGUUUUUGAAGAACUGAAACCACUUGCACUUUAUACAGUUACAGAAUCUGCCUUAUAGUUUAGUUUAGGAUUUCAGAACAGAAACGCUUCAAGCUUUUGUGUUAGUAUGCUGUUAUAGAAUUGCAUAAUCUGCCACAGUUUAGCAAAGGCUAUGUCAUAUAGCAAAAUUGCCACAAUCUUUAGGCUAGAAUACUAGAUUAUAUUCUAUAGGCUAUUUGCUAUCUUCUGUUACAAGCAUCCCAUGCCCACACAUGUGGUGCAUAAGAUGUUUUUAGUUCCUUUUACAAAUUACUGUGAAUUCCGAUGAAAAUUUAUAUUUGAAGAAAAAAAUCUUUGGAAAGCUUUUUCAACUUAACGUGUAUAUGCUGGUGCUUUGGCACCACAUAAGGUCUUUUUUCAACUAGUUUACGAUUUUGUUUAUAAAGACACCUGGUGUUUUGCAUGUGCAUUAGCCUACCUAUAGAAGUUUAAAACUUAUAUUUUACGUGUUUGAAUUUAGAAAAUGAAAACAGAGUUAAAAGUA